AUGAAGGUUCUCGUUGUUGGCGGCACUGGCAUGAUCGGCGCCACGACCGCUCUAUACCUUCAAUCCUUGGGCCACGAAGUUACCAUCACCGGUCGCAAGCCUUCUCCACCAGCCAAUGUACCUGCACUUGCAGAACUACAAUAUCUCCAAGGGGAUUAUCUUAAGCUAGAGCAAGACUUUAGCAAAGAAAUCUUGGGAGCCUUUGAGGCAAUUGUCUUUUCCGCUGGAACUGAUGGUCGACACAUCCCUCCCGAGCAGCAAGCCGAGGCAGACAAAUACUACCUUGACAGCAACGGCGAAGCUGUUCCAGCCUUUGCACGCCUAGCAAGAGACGCUGGAGUCCGAAUUUUGGUGAACAUUGGCAGUUACACACACCACGUCGCACCAGAGCAGGUCGAGGAGGCAGCUUACGUCCGCUCGAGAAAGCAGGCCGCAGACGGAAUCGUAGCUCUUGCAUCACCAAGCUUUUACGCCUGCAGCCUUGAUGCACCAAUGAUAGUCGGAAAGGUCCCAGGCAUGCGCGUGCCAAUAUUCGAAGCGCUCGUCAACUACGCCCAGGGCAAACUCGACAUUCCACCCUUUGCACCGCGUUGGGGCUCCAACAUCAUGUCGACGAUGGCGCUUGCCGCAGCUGUCGCUGGGGCAUUGGAUAAUGCGGCAGCCGUGAGCGGGCGGGCGAUACUCUUGGGCGACGAAAAUUGGACGAUGGCCGAGUAUUGGGGGGUGUUCUUUAAGGCGGCGGGGAGUGAGCUCAAGAUUGAGGCGUUGGAUGAGGAUCAUCCUCUGCUGCCUCGUUCUUCCAUGUUUGCUGGGCAGGAGACGGUCGUGUAUGAGCCCGAUGCAGCGGAUGUCGCCUUGUUAGGGGGAUAUCGCCGAGGCGACGUUGAGAGCACCAUCCGGAGCAUUGUACGCGAGUAUACUUCAUGA